CGAGCAGACGCGAGCUCUGUGCGAACAGAGCGAGUUGCGCGAGCGAGCCAGCGAACGUAAGCCAUAUAUCUGUUCGCAUCGAUCACACCGUCGACGUGAUGGCAGCUCAGUGGAUUCGUACAGCAAUCUCUUCAAAAAUCACUGGUGCACGACUUUAUAGCAGCAAGGUACACAAAUGCACCCUUAUUCCUGGAGAUGGCAUUGGACCCGAGAUUUCCACUGCCGUACAAAAAAUCUUCGAUGCCGCCAAGGUGCCAAUAGAAUGGGAAUCAGUUGAUGUAACGCCAGUAAAAGGUCCAGAUGGCAAGUUUGGUAUACCACAAGCAGCCAUUGAUUCCGUCAAUAGGAAUAAAAUUGGCCUUAAGGGACCUCUGAUGACUCCAAUUGGAAAAGGUCACAGAUCUCUCAAUCUUGCACUCAGAAAAGAAUUUAAUUUAUAUGCCAAUGUGCGACCAUGCCGAUCUUUGGAGGGAUACAAGACAUUGUACGAUAAUGUCGACGUCGUUACUAUCAGAGAAAAUACAGAAGGUGAAUACUCUGGUAUAGAACAUGAAAUUGUAGAAGGCGUCGUUCAGUCCAUCAAGUUAAUCACGGAGGAGGCCUCUCGUAGAGUAGCAGAAUUUGCUUUUCAAUAUGCUACAGACAAUAAUAGAAAAAAGGUUACUGCUGUACAUAAAGCAAAUAUUAUGAGAAUGUCGGAUGGCUUGUUCUUGAGAUGUUGUCGAGAAGCAGCCCAAAAGUUUCCAUCGGUCAAAUUCGAGGAGAGGUACUUGGAUACAGUUUGCCUAAACAUGGUGCAAGAUCCGAGUCAGUACGACGUGCUCGUCAUGCCUAACUUGUACGGUGAUAUUUUAUCUGAUAUGUGCGCUGGACUCGUCGGAGGUCUCGGUUUGACACCAAGCGGAAACAUUGGUCUGAACGGAGCCUUGUUUGAAUCGGUACAUGGAACUGCACCCGAUAUUGCCGGCCAAGAUAAGGCAAACCCCACAGCGUUGUUGCUCUCCGCGGUGAUGAUGCUCAAAUACAUGGGCCUGAGUAACCAUGCCAAGAUCAUCGAACACUCUGCUUACGACACUAUCAAGGAAGCAAAGUAUCUAACUGGUGAUUUAGGCGGCACUGCAAAGUGCAGCGAGUAUACCAAUGAAAUUUGUAAGAAAAUUGCCGCGAAAGUCAAAUAAAAGGCAGGUACCUUUGUUUCGUUUCGUCGAAAUUUGAACUGCCAAAAUACUCAUAGAAUUCGCGCGUUCGCGAAGGGACUGCUAUUUUCUACCAUUUGUUGCAUACAGUUUCGUCUCCGCGCGAUUAGAAGAAAUUUGUAAUUGAAAUCGACGGAAUGCAAAUAUCAUUGAGUAUUCUUUCAGUCGCUCACGCGUAUACGUAUGCAUACGCGUAUGAAUUUUCUCCCUUCUUAAAUGUAUUAUCUCGAUUUAAUUUAGAUAAUUCGACCCGACCGAUUUAAGAUUUGUCAAAUAAGUGCCCGAAUGGCAUUUAAUUUUAUUUCAUUAAUAUUAAACAUCAAAUACAAUACAUGCGCCAUCGUUUCGGAUCGACUUGAUCGACCGUACACAUUUCUGUAAAUAACCAAAUAUGAUAUAAACCGUUGAACAUAUUAAAUUGUUCAGAGAAAAGAUCUUGAUAGAGACUGUAAAGAUUAGCCAUGUAAAUUAAAUAGUAGGAAUGCUGUAUCAUAGUUUUAAAUAAAAUUGUUAUGCGAGACGUAUGUCUUACAGUUAGAGUAAGAAUAGUUGAAAAUAUCGAAACGCGCAGUAUUAUGAAGAAAUAAAAAUUUACAAAAUUGAUACCUA